CUCCCCCAGCGGGCAUGGCCCAGGUCUUCGUCUACGGCACCCUGAAGAGAGGCCAGCCCAACCACAGCGUCCUGCUGGACGGCGAGCACGGCCACGCGGCCUUCCUGGGCCUCGCGCGCACGCUGGAGCGCUACCCGCUGGUCAUUGCCGGCGAAUACAACGUCCCGCGGCUGCUGAACCUGCCGGGCACGGGGCGCUACGUGCAGGGCGAGCUCUAUGACGUGGACAAGCGGAUGCUGCGCUUCCUGGACGCCUUUGAGGGCUGCCCCGACGAGUACCAGCGCACGCCGCUGAGUGUGCAGGUGCUGCAGGGUGACAGUGGCCCCCAGGAGGCCGUGGUGCAGUGCUUCGUGUACAGCACGGCCACCUACCCGCCCGAGUGGGCCCGCCUCCCGUGCCUCGACUGCUACGACUCCCAGGGCCCACACGGGCUGCGCUACCACCCCCGGGAGAGCCGCCGGUGA